AUGGCGCGAUCAGCAGCAUACGUUCUCGCAGCCACGGCAAUCGUGUCUUCCACCACAGCCUUCGUGCCAAUGGGAGGCGCGAGGUUAUCUUCCGCGCCGCAAGCCACGGCAGAGAGGAGAUCAGCCACGUGUCGAAGGGGACGACAAACCGACGCCGCCGCCGCCGUUGCCCCGUUGUCGAUGGCCAUUCGGGCGGUGGAGAGCUUCAACGCGGAUUUCGAGUUGGAGGAGAAGACGGCGGCUACCCUGGACGGGUACCUUCGGCAUAAGGACAUGAUCGCGGAGGUGUGCAAGCAAUUCGAUUGCGAAAGCGCGGAAUACGUCGGUGAGAUCUUCCAGCCGGUGCCGUACAGUCAAGCCACCCCCCAGGGAAUGCCGAAAGACAUCGAGGAGAAGUUCUUCCUCAACGAACAGUACGGGAUCGCAAACAUCCCUCCGGUGGUCAUGUUCAACGCCAAAAUCUUCAAGCCGUCGAGACUGUGUGCGGUGUACAAGGUGGAUGGGCUGUCCGAGGAUGCGAAAGCGGUCCUCAACGAGCGGAUUCUUCGGCUCAGGGAGAACGAGAAGCGCAAGAAGGAAGAGGCGGAGCUGGAGACACCCUGGGAUGACAUCGGGAGCGCGUUUACGGAGGUCCACAACAUGCCCGUGGGAUCGGACGAUGAUGACGUGGACCUCGACAGCAUGGUCGUUUAGUGGGAUGUUCGGCCAUCAUCGGAUAGUGGCGUUUAGUCGAGAAGAGCGUGUUGUAUCUUGUUCGCAGAUACAGCCGUUCAUGGUCUUAAGUCAUUUCGGUUUGGGUGACUCGACGUUGUGAGAAGUUGGUACAUCGUAUUGCUCGCCGGCAACCCAAGUUUUUUGUUCGGUAAACGGCAAAAGAUAAGUAGAUUGUCGAUGGCCAGUAACCAAGAGGUCUGGUACAGCAGUACUGAGAUUUGAUCGAUCAAUCCUGCUUCCGG